AUGCUCAACGAUCAAACCGUGCAAGAUGACUGCUCCCACAUCAAACUCGACCCUGAAGAACACCCGCACAACUGGCCCGCCCGAAAGAAAUGGACGGCGACGAUGGUCAUCGUCUUCAUGACGGCGAACAUCACCUUCUGCUCUAGUGUUCACGCCGCGGCAAUCCCUGGAGUCACCGAAACAUUCGCAUGUUCCCCGACCGUCGCAACAUUAGGAGUAACGACAUUCCUGGUCGGAUUUGCCUCGGGCCCAAUGUUAUUCGCACCGCUCUCAGAAGCACUGGGAAGAGAGAUCGUUUUCCGCAUUACCAUGUUUCUCUUCUUCUGCUUCAACAUCGGCUGUGCGCUAUCGCCUAAUCUUGCCGCUCUUCUGACAUUUCGAUUCUUCAGUGGUUUCUUUGGAUCACCCGUUGUGACCAACAGCGGCGGAUGCUUAGCAGACAUCUGGCCCCACAGCCAUCGUUCGGUGCCAUUCGCACUGUUCACGACGGGCAGUUCCCUCGGUCCAGUCCUAGGGCCGGUGGCAGGAGGUUUCAUCUCGCAGCACCUGGACUGGAGAUGGCUCUAUUGGGUCGUGAUCAUCAUUGCCGCGAUCGUGUAUACCGCUAUGCUCUUCUUCCUUCCCGAGACAUACACGACAACGUUGCUAGAACGUAAAAUGGCACAAGCAGGCAUGAAGCCCCCACGCCAAUCCUUCAAGGAGCAAUACUCUACCAACCUGACCCGACCCUGGCUCAUGCUCUUCACAGAGCCCAUCCUAUUCGUCCUGGGACUCUACUCCGCAUUCGUCUGGGGUAUACUAUACCUCGACUUCACCGCCUACCCAGUAGUGUUCCGGCAGACACGUCAUUGGAGUGAAGGCAUUGCAGGUCUAUCCUUCCUGGGCAUCGGACUCGGCAUGGCGAUUGCAACAGCGAGCUCACCAUGGAUUAACGACAUCCACGGCAUAUGGGUCAAGAAGCUUGGAGGACCAAAGCCAGAAGCGCGACUCCCUCAUCUCGUCAUCAUAGCGUGGUUCAUUCCCGUGGCACUUUUCUGGUUCGGAUGGACGGCGAACCCGCCGACGCAUUGGAUCGUAUGCAUUCUCUCUGGCAUACCCUUCGGUAUUGGCUUUGUCACGCUGUUCCUGGGUACUAAUGCAUAUUUGACGGACUGCUAUGGGCGUUUCUCCGCAAGCGCGCUAGCUGCCAAUGCAGUGAUGCGGUCUUUGUUUACGGCUGGUUUCCCGCUGUUUGCGCGGCAGAUGUACGUUAAGAUGGGGACGCCGUGGGCUAGCAGUACGCUGGGAUUCGUCGCUUUGGUAGUGGCCCCAGUGCCGUGGCUAUUUUAUCGGUUCGGCCCGAGGAUUAGAGCGAGAUCGAAGUAUCACUUGUGGACGGUGGAGUUGGAGGAGGCUGAGAAGGAAAGAGCAGCUAAAGUUGAUGUGUAG